CGCACAUCAGUGACACACACGUGGGCAGUGGAAAGCCAACGUAUGUGUGCGAAUGGAAUGGCUGUCCACGUAGCCAAAAGCCAUUUACAAAGCGCCACAAGAUGCACAACCACCUUCGAACCCAUACUGGCGAGCGACCUUUUGAGUGUAAAAUUUCAGAUUGCAACAAGAAAUUUUCUCGCCUAGACUCUCUUACUACUCACAUCAAGACACAUUCUGAUAUCAAGCCCUUUGAAUGCCCUCACCACGAUUGCGGCAAAACCUAUUAUCAUACCCGAUCUCUCCGAAAACACGAAAAGAACCAUAGAACCGAAAGACCCUCACAGUCCUCAGAGAUGUGCAUCCCAACCACAUACACUUUCCCGUCCUCUGGUCAGAUCACACACACACACCUCAUUGACCCUUCCUCGUCUGCUACUUCCAUGGUCUCGAUCCAACAAAGUCCCAUUCAUUGCUACCCAGACUCCCAACCACACUCCUUCCAACCUACACCUUCCCCAAACUCCCACCCAUCGCAUUAUAGCAAUGGAAUAAAAAAAUGGCAGACUAAUUGGCACUAGUCUUCCACAUAAUAAUAAUUAUAAGAUGUAUUGAAAAUAAUAAUAAUUGUAAUUGUAAUAAUAAUAUUUUUUAUGGUAAUCAUUACCAUCACUAC